AUGCGUGUCGCAGACGAAACUGUAGGCACCGAAACCGCCAAUUCGACAGUUGCACGACUGCAGUUUGCGACAGCAUCGCCAUCGUCUCAGUACGUCAAGUCGCCUCCAGUUGAAGUAACGGUCGACUAUUAUGCAAGAUACACCAGCAAUAAUCCGGCCCCGAACGGUUCAUGUUUAGCCCUUGUACUUGUCUUUGUAUCGGAUUUUCCACACAAUUCGCGGCGACGCAGUGGGGGGUUCAGUGCAUUACAGCUAUCGAUUUACAACGACGAAGUCCCUUCAUCGGCUGAUGGGAAUAGCACAUAA